AUGAGUGGACGGACUGGUGGACCAGAAAUGGCGAAGGUUACCAACAAGAACCGGAGAAGAGAAACCAGGGCAGAAACAGAUGGAAACCGACCCCUCGGCCAUUCUGGCCUGCCUUGGACUUCUUCGAGAUGCCAAAGACUUUUACGCCCUCUUCAAUCGCGGAUUGCUUUGCUACGGAAGGUUGCGAUAGCCGAGAGAGCUGCUUGCGGGCAGACUCAGCCUGAGAACGAAGCCCUCAAAGAUGCGCUAGAUCGCGAAACGGCCAAAAAGCCGAGCCUUGUAGUCGAAGCGUACUUCCCUAAGACAAAACGACAGCGCCCGCGCCGUACAUAUUCCAUGAAGUUGGCUGACUCCUCAGAAGACGACGGCAGUAUGGCAUCAAAAUCUACUAUCCGACCCAGGAGUCUUCGACAAAGGCCGAAAAGUUGUGCUUCCGAAAUGCCUAGCGUCUCAACGCCAAUUCUUCGCAAAGCCAGGCACCAUAUUACAACAUCGCCGAGUGUUGACCAACCAGAAUGCCACGAGACAGGGAGCAGCUGUAUGCGCUUUAAGACUACGAGACGUGGGCCACUCGACAAUUCAACAUCGAAAUUAAUGCGUCUCAGAGACACACUGCCACCGGGAAGGUACCAGAUUUACGAGGGUAUUUUACACGACCUGGAUACUCUCCUACGCUCGACGAGUCUCAACCAUCCUGCAGGCGGGAAGAAGUCGUUGUUGUCGAUGUGCCUGAACAGAGUGCCUCAGUGCGCGCAAGAGAUUGAAAACUGGGAGAAAUCUCAGGCUGUGAACAACGGGCCGGUGUCCUGUAUCAAGCAAAUGGCUUAUUCUUUACGCGUGUACGACGAACUACAGACCCUUGGAGCCACCGACAACGGCUGGAGUCACUUGCGUACACUCCUACGGGCACAUGCUAUCCAUCUUCUCAAAGGGGUCAUUGGGGAGGGUCUGCUCGAUGUCUCGUUUAUUCGCAUCUUGAUCGAUUAUUGCAAGGCCAUGCAAUUUCUACACGAAACAGCAAGCCUUACGGAAGCUAUGAUUUGCUUCCUUUACUGCAAGCCCCUGGAAUCAAGAGAUACGCCUAGAGUCAACAGAGAAGGCCAGCUGCCAGCCUAUUUGUUAAACCUUGCAGAGGAUCCAGUUGUGGAAUCUCACUUGCUCGAAACGUUCUCCUCACUUUUGGUUCGUAGACGGCUCCCCUUUGACAUGGUCACAGGGAGAGGUUUUGGUGGCUUAUGGAGUAUAGCAGCUUCCGCUGUACUCGAGAAAAGAGCACGCCCUUCUGCAACUGAGUUCGCAUCAACCGGACUUGCAGUCCUGUGUAUGAAUGCCUACCCGAGACGUCAAAGGCGUUCCUCAGCGCUCACAACGGAAUCAAAAUCAGCCAUGCUCACUUUGAUGAGUGUACUUGGUGCAUUGUCAGCCAUGGCUAUGAUUUCGCAGGAUUUCGGACAUGCUGCACCCGGUUCCAGUGCAAGUUCGAGAAGUCGGACCCAGAGAGCGGUAGUACAUAUUCUCCACCAAGCAUUGAGACUGGUGAGAAGUCGUCUCGGUAGCAAGGAAGCCGCGUUCCCACUUCUACUGGCAUUGUUUCUGUCUCUAUCCCCCAGAGCGGCGCACGAAGCCACUCGGCUCCGACUGAAGGCGGCGAUAGACGGCUUCGGACGUGGUCUGAGCCUGGGGAGAGCCCCAAGCACGGGCAACAAUGACAGCCAGCUUCUCGACACCACCGUCGACUUCACCUGCUCGAUUGCUCACUGUUGUGGGAGAGCCACCGGCCAGCCAUCCAACUCGUACUUUGCCAAAGUCUGCGAACUCAUCGAUACCCUUGAAACGCCAGAGUUCGCAAGAUUGAGAGGCAACGGUGCCUUUGUUUUGGCCCACAAGACAGACGAUCUACGCGAUCUUGUCUUUGCAGAGACGUUGAAGAAAGACCUGGCCGAGAAAGACGGCAUGGUUGUAGCCAAGGGCAACUUUACAGGGUUUCGGUGGGAAGAAGGCAUCAGCGAAUGGAUUGCAGUCAGCCCGUUGGCAAGAAGACAAGGAGACUUCACCCGAGAAGCCCUACCUCGGCGCCGAAGCGGAGGACGUAACAGUGACGUCCGGGUCCUAGCGGAUCGAUCGGAGCUGAAUUCGACCACGGAAGGAGCCGACAAAACCGGGGCUCUGGUUUUCGCAAGUCCCAGACCGACGGGUGAGUCAAAUGGUGACCAAGUGGGCCGACGACUGGCGGGGAAGAGGAAGAGGACACAAAACGAGGAUCAUGGCAGCCGCAAGAGAAACUCGGGCGCUGAAAUCGCGGGAAUCGACGGAGUUGACGGUAUUGACGAGCUUGGCAUGGGUCCAGAGAACUGGCCACGGGUUCUGGGCAAGUCCCGAUUGGGAAGCCAUGUUGUAGGAGCUAGGAUGCGGGACGGGUGCCGGCGGGUUAUCCGGAGCAGCGAGACAUGCUCUCGCAAGGUUUUGGCGGACUUGGGCGAGCAGGCCGCCCUCAAUGACUGCGGCCUCAACGACGAGGAUGAGCUGGGAUUUUAA